UGGACUAAUUUUAUAGAAAUGAAUAUGAGCGCGGCCGCGGCAGACAACCGCCAAAUCUCUAAGCUCGGCAUGAACUUUUUGGCAGUCCAUUGCUAUUGCCGGCACAAGCAUCGCCAGUGUCGGGCUGAGCUGCUGAGCGUGCGGUUGUGCCGUCCUUCUCUCCCCAUCACAGUUCUUUUCUCAGAGAAAAUGCCCUCCGUUAUAGAGGUGCGAUCCACGAGGUCCACCGCAGUGCUACCAAGAGUUGCCUCCAAAGAGGUGGAUGGGGAAGAUGGGCUGCGUUUACACCCACAGAAGGUCACUCACUCACUCAACGAAGAGUUCCUGGGCAUGGCAGUGCUGGCGCUGGCGUCGGUGUUCGCCCUCUUCUGCUGCCCAAUAUUCGUGGAGCGGCCCGCGUCCCGACACUGACAUGGCCUGACCUGUGCACCGCCGCCCGCAUCAGCCGGAAAAUAACCUCGGAAAAGAACCAUCUGGCAGCUCAACUUCUCAUCAUCGAGCUCCCGAAUAUCGUAACGAUAACAACUCCUCCAGUAAUGUCCACCUACACCUGCUACACGUCUCGGGGUCUGCACGGGGUCUACGCGUAGAAACAGUAGCAAUUAGUCAGAAAUUUUCAUCAUGAUUCUCGCGAACUUAAUCAACGGAAAAUGCUUGUUUUCGACUUCAUUGCGUGUGGCCGUAGCGCUUUCAUUCCAUCAUUCAGAGAAACGAGCGAGACUUUGCCCAAAUAUCGACGCGUUUUUUUUACCCCUUUGUAGGUCACCCAGAGUUAGUGACCCUGCAAUAAGGCAUAUCAGUACAAUUAGUUGCAGGCAAUAAAUUGCGUCUAUAUUUGGACAAUAUAACUCGUUCAUUUUUCUGAAAGAUCCUCUCAACUUGCUAAUAGUUCAACAGCUUUUACCGUUGGUCGCA